UUGUGCACAUUCUUCCUGCAUUCAGAGUACCAGGCAGAAAGCCAGCCUCUUCGCCCAUGUGAGCUUCAAAGGGCAAAGGCCUUUCAAGAAGGCGAAGACUAUGUCCCUCAGUGCUUGGAAGAUGGCCAGUUCAGGAACAUGCAGUGCAAGAAGAAGAAUACUUCCUGCUGGUGUGUAGAUGGCAAUGGAGCUGAAAUAGCAGGGACCAAGCAGACCGGAUCCUCAGUAGCUUGUUUAUCCUUCUGCCAGCUGCAGAAGCAGCAGACCCUGCUUGGUCCGGCCAUCAACAGGAGCACAGCUUCCUACAUCCCACAAUGUCUGGAUUCCGGUGACUUUGACCCCAUACAGUGUGACUCUGGCCUGGGUCAGUGCUGGUGUGUGGAUGCUGAAGGGAUGGAGGUUUACGGCACGAGGCAGCGAGGGAAGCCCAAGCGAUGCCCUAGGAACUGUGAGAUCCGAGACCGCCGCAUCCUGCACGACGUCGGUGAAAAGAGCCCGCCCCAGUGUUCAGCUGAUGGAGAAUUCCUGCCUGUCCAGUGCAAGUUUAUCAACACAACUGACAGGAUGGUCUUUGACCUCGUUCACCAUUUUAACAGAUUCCCAGAAGCGUUCUUGACAUUCAGAUCCUUCAGCCGCAUGUUCCCAGAAGUCUCUGGGUACUGUUACUGUGCUGACAGUAUAGGGCGAGAGCUGGAGGAUACAGGUCUAGAAAUGCUACUUGAGAAUGUUUAUGACACUAUUUUUGCGUCGCUGGAGCCUGUUCCCUCUUUUGCUGAAACCAGCAUGUACAGAAUCCUGCAGAGACGUUUUCUGGGAGUGCAGUUGGCUACAGCUGGCAGAUUCAGAUGUCCCUCCAAGUGUGAAACUGAAAGAUCCACCGCCAUUCGUUUCGAACAGAGUUACAGGCCAUCUUGUAAUGAUAAUGGAGCCUAUAAGGCAACCCAGUGUCAGCUGGAUGGGCAGUGCUGGUGUGUGGAUGCCAACGGGCAGGAACUUCUUGGCACAAGAAAGAAAGGGCAGCAUUUAUCCUGUGGCGAGGAACUUACCUGUGUCUCCGAGAGACAACGAGCUCUCUCCAGGUUGUUUUAUGGCCCCAUCCGACGCUUUGGCCAGGACCAAUUAUUCUCCUCCACUCAAGAGCCGCAGCAGAUAGCCGAGUCCUCAAGAUCUUGUCCUCCAUCAUUCAAGGAGCUGUUUGUGGAUUCUGGCCUGCUGUCUUCCAUCAUAGACAAACCGAGUGAUUCUCAGCUGCUCGGCCUGGAAUCCACCAUCAGCGAAGCUAUCGGAGGGAUGUUUCCUUCGAGAGAUCUUGCUCGCGUCGCCCUCCGCUUCACCGGCAACCCCAAGCGAUUCCAAGAAAACCUGUUUGGCGGGAAGUUCUUGAAGAACGUGGCCCAGUUCAACUUCACAGGAGCCCUUGGCCCCAAUGGCAGAUUUAAUUUGGACCAGUAUUUCCGGCAGAGAGGGGUGAGCGGUGGAUUCAGUGAGCUGGCUCGACGACUUUCUCUGGAAAUCCCACCGGAGAGGUUCAAUCUGAGCCAGCCUCUCGUAGACAGUUUCGGCCGCACUGUCAAUUUGCAGGACAACCAGAAUGCCGCCAGAUCUCUAGCUUCCCUCCUCGAAGCCCCAGAGUUCUUCGUGUUUUUGCAACACGUGGUUUCGGUCCCCGAGAGCAUCGCCAAAGAUUUAGGUGACGUCGCGAGGAUCGCGCUGAGAUCCAAAGACUGCGAAGAGGAAGGCAACAGUUUGUUUGUCCCAGUUUGCACAGAAGCAGGGAACUACGAAGAAGUGCAGUGCUAUGCGGGUGCUUGCUGGUGUGUGGACUCACGUGGCAAAGAGAUCCCAGGAUCCAGAGUCGGUGGCUCACGCCCACGGUGCCCCACCCUGUGCGAAAAGCAGAGGGAAGACCUGCAACGCUUGCAAAGACUGCAGCCGGCCGGUUCUGAGCUGUUUGUUCCUUCAUGUACCCAGGAGGGGAAAUUCCUGCCGGUUCAGUGCCAUGGAAGAAAUUGUUUCUGCUUCGAUUCUGAAGGCAGGACUAUUCCCGGAAAAGGUGCCACCGCAGAACAGCCCUUGCAGUGUCCAAGUGAUUGCCAACUAGCAGGCGGUCAGGCUUUCCUGAGAACUGUGCAGCAACUUCUGCUGGAACCUUCGUCCCUGCCUAAGCUGUCCAGCGUCUACAUCCCACAGUGCGGUCUCGACGGUCGGUGGAGGCAGGUCCAAUGCAAUGGCCCCCCGGAACAAACUUUUGAGUGGUAUCAAAGGUGGAUCAGCCAGAAUAAUAAUGGCAGGGCUCUUCCUUUUGCUGACUUGGUGGCCAUCCUGCUCAACUAUAAAGAGAGAUCUCAGCAAAGCUUUGAAGACUUCGUUAAAAUUCUCUACAAUGCCGGCCACCAGAAGGUCUUUCCAGAGUUUGCCAAAUUUCCUUCCUUUGAUGCAGUUCCUCAAGAAGUGUUGGAAGGCAAGACCGCAGGAGGUCCAUCACAGAAUAUCUUGCUGGAGCCGUUCACAUUUUGGCAGCUCCUUCAGGGACACCUCACUCAUUACCCAGGAUCUUUCAGCGAUUUCAGCACCCCACUAGGACACUUUGACCUUCGCAAUUGCUGGUGCGUUGAUGAACGGGGGCAAAAGCAAGGAAAGGAAGCCGAUGUGAACAAGAUCCCGGACUGCCCCACAGAGUGUGAAGCCACCAAGCGAGAUGCCAUGCAGUUUGUUAGCAAAGUGGAGCAAAUCAUUAAGGACUCCAACAGCUCCCACUUUCCAUUUGGGCAGAGUUUUUUAGUAGCAAAUGGCAUCACACUGACAAACGAAGAGCUCCUGAGCAAUAUUUCUCCAUUGGCGAGCAUCAAUAUUUCAGAACGGUUGCUGACCGGAAGCGAUUACGCCAUUCGGCUGGCUGCGCAAUCAAGAGAGGCCGUGCGCUUGGGAUUUCAGCCUUACAUCCCCCAGUGUGAUGGGCUGGGGAACUGGCUACCUGUCCAGUGUUAUGACAGCUCAGGCCCCAGUUACUGCAAUAUGCUGGAGUCCAAGGCUCUCCUGCGGGAAAUGGGCCGAGGUUACAUCCCUCAGUGCAAAAGCAGCAGUGGGGGGUUCUCACCCGUGCAAUGGACCGAGGACCAGGAAAGCAGCUGGUGUGUCUUUGAGAAUGGAGAGGAGGUUCCUGGAACACGAAUCAAUGGAAAUAAGCUUUCAUGCGAACGUGAGUGA